AGUGCACGUCAAAUCAGCCGUAAUAAUCAUUUUUUUUAAACUUCAAUACAUUUCACUGAAAUUUUUUCAACAUAAAAUGUCUCAAAAUAAACGCAACACCACAGACUCGAGCAACGCUACGAAUUCGCAAACGGCCGCCACUUUAAAGUCGCAUGUUUCGUUUGAUACUUACCCCGAGGAGAAGCUCGACAAGCUCAUGGGUAAGUGCUGGACGGACUGUCUAAUUAAAGGUGGCGCCGGCUUCGGCAUCGGAUUUCUCGUUACACUUUUGUUUAUACGACGCAUGUGGCCACCGAUUUUGGGCAGCAGCUUCGGCUUGGGCGUGUCAUACAAGGAAUGCGAGCGAAAUCUUCAAUCGCAAACAAAGUGCGAGGCUGCUGAUAAAGUAAAUGAAAAUAAACUAGCUUAGUAUUUGUAUUUGUGUUCUUA